CCUUUUGGAAACACUUUAGUGCCUCAGGAGCUGCAAUGACCUUUGUUACGGGUAUCUCCAUCUGUUUAUGACCGCAGCAAUUGCUGGCAUGCAGCAGAAAUCAGCGAGCCAAAGAAGACCUUCAGCCGCUCAAGACUACAGUAUGCAGAUGCAUCAGGCCAUGGCGAAUCUGGAAGGCAUCUGAACUCCGGGCCGAAGUCGAGGAUAUGCUUCCAUGCAGGCGGUGUUCGCCGUUCCGAAUCACCGAGAGCCAGGAUAAGAUCUCAGAUCAAUCCCCCGGAAUUGCCGCAAUUAGGCUAGUUCGCCUGGGAUUAUCACCCAGCAUCAGGCAUUUGAGUCCGGGGCGCCAUCGCACAAGGGGAAGCUGGAGAAAGAUGGGGCACAGAGCCUCCCAGUGCCUAGGAACUAGGGUGCUGGUUUGGGGGUCGGAUUGCCUUAUCUGCUCACAGGAACGGGAUUGAGUGGUCGCUCGGGAGGUCAAACGACGAGGUGGCGUACCAGGGUCACUGACAGACCAACAUGCCGUCGCAGUUGGCGGAAGCCGGGAAGUAAAGAGCAAAACAUGUGCAAAGGCGGCACGACGUUUUCAAAAGGGCAUGCUCAGAGUCUCUAAGCGGGCAUUGAAGCCCCUGGGGGCUCAGGAUGCGUACAGUUUCCCAAAAGCGACAAUCUGGCUGGGGUUAGGGUAUCAUAUCAGUCAAGUUUUGCUUAUCACGGCCUGUGAUUGGAACUCUGAGAGUUUAGACACCCCUGAGUAUCAACAGUGUUGGCGACUAGGCCAAAACUCUGAUCAGACGUGGAA